CACACGCGCCACGUUGUCCUUAUAGGUUUUUGGUCCAAUUUUGUUCACUCAUUGCUCGCGUAGCUGCGUUGACCUUAUACAAACGACAUGGACGGUUGCCAGAUCGACGAGUUCGCCCCUUCAACCUCAGGCGCACCGAGGAAAGUACCGAGCCUUGGGCUGAGCUCGCAGCGCAAGACAGCUCACCUCUUGGCUGGGAUGUGCAGUGCCGAGGGAUUCGGCGAUGAGGCUGUGAGGAGAAGCGCUUCGCCACAGUUCACCAACCAGUGGCUGCCCUCGCAAAGUGCUCCCAACAUACUCAACUCUAAAGAGGCGAAUGAGACAGUUCGGUGCCCCGAGCCCUGCAGCAGCACUCUGCAUCUGGCUAGGCUCAACGAUGCAGAUGAAAAUGCGACUUUGGAUUCCGCGCAAGAACGCGUCUAUGACGCCACACAGUCCUUUGUGGCAGGUGAAGCUGUGGACUCCAGCAGUGAGAGAAACACUACGACCGAGUCAGACAGCACACAACGAACACCACCCGUGUAAGCAGGAAGUAGAGAAAUCUUUCAUUACGGUAGUUAUCUCGCUCCUUACGUGAAAUAUACGUUUUAAAGGCACACGACCCCCGCACGUUUCUUCGUGUCUG